GGACGCCCUGUCGUCUGCAAUUGCACCUGACGCUUCCUGAGAUCGGGCUCAAUGUGUCGGGACUGCCGUGUUCCUGCCGGAGGAUCAGCGGCGCAUUGGAGGGAGGCCGGGGAGCGGAGGCCGCUGCUGGGGGGAAGCGGGAGUUACUCUAACUGAGGUCUGGAGGAGGGGCAUAGAGGGAGGAGCCAGUUCACACCCAGAUCCAAAGUCUUUCUUAAAGUGCCCAUGUCUCCUGCGGAGCCCGUCUAUCCCAUGGUCCUUAUGGAGUCCCAGCAUCCUCUACGGACUACGAGAAAAAGAUUUACCGAUACUGCCUGAGACGCAUACGCAGCGGGUACCAACCGAUUCGCAACUGAUCACGGAGACUACGACGAUGGGUCCGCUCGGAUGGUCGCAGGCCGGCAGCAGCUGAGGCUGACCUCAUCUCCCAGCGCCCUGUGGGGAGUAUGUAUAAGAGGAAUGGCCUUAUGGCCAGUGUGACGGUCACCUCUGCCACUCCUGAGGGAAGUAGCAGUUCGGACUCUCUGGAUGGGCACGGUUCCGACUACGCCAAUAAGAGCUAUGACGCUGUGGUGUUUGACGUAUUGAAAGUGACUCCUGAGGAGUUUGCAAGCCAGAUCACCCUGAUGGACGCACCAGUAUUUAAAGCUAUUCUGCCUGAGGAACUCGCCAGCUGCGGCUGGAACAAGAAGGAAAAACACAGCCUUGCCCCAAAUGUUGUCGCCUUCACCAGACGAUUUAACCAGGUCAGUUUCUGGGUUGUACGAGAAAUUUUAACGACUCAGACCUUAAAAAUUAGAGCGGAAAUCCUGAGCCAUUUCAUCAAGAUAGCCAAGAAACUUCUAGAUCUGAACAACCUCCACUCCUUGAUGUCCGUGGUUUCUGCGUUGCAGAGUGCGCCCAUCUUCAGGCUGUCGAAGACCUGGGCUCUCCUGAACCGGAAGGACAAGACCACUUUCGAUAAACUGGAUUAUUUGCUGUCUAAGGAGGAUAAUUACAAGCGCACGCGGGAGUACAUCCGAAGCUUAAAGAUGGUCCCAUCCAUCCCGUACUUGGGGAUUUACCUCCUGGAUAUCAUCUACAUAGACUCUGCAUACCCAGCGUCGGGCAGCAUAAUGGAGAAUGAGCAAAGGUCCAAUCAGAUGAACAACAUCUUAAGGAUUAUUGCUGAUUUACAAGUCUCCUGUAUUUAUGAGCACCUUGUAACACUGCCCCACGUGCAGAAGUACCUGAAGUCCGUACGGUACAUUGAAGAACUGCAGAAGUUUGUAGAGGACGAUAACUACAAAUUAUCGUUAAGGAUCGAACCAGGGAACAGCUCCCCUCGUCUCGUCUCCUCCAAGGAAGAUCUCGCCGGUCCCUCCGAGAUGACGGCUACAAUGAGAUACAACAGACGACCGACUUGUCCAGACGCUUCAGUGGCCACCAGUCUCCCAACCCCUCCCGUCUCCAGGCAUAGGAAGAGCCGCAGCUUAGGAAACAAUGUGAUGUGUCAGUUCAGUGUUGUUGAGAGUAAGAGUGCCACAUUUCCAUCCGAGAAACAGCGCCACCUGCUGGAUGAUAGUGUCUUAGAGUCGCAGAGCCCCGCCAAGACCAGCGCCCAGGCCGCUGCCUUCACCAACGGCAUGUCAAUAGGGAGCAGUGAGAGCUCGGAGUUCAGUGAAGACGUGUCCUCGGUCCUGGACAGGGGUCGUAUGUACGCCACGCUGGGUCCCAACUGGAGGGUCCCGGUACGGAACUCCCCCCGCAGUCGGAGCUGUGUGUACAGCUCCACGCGUUCCGAGCGAUCCAGUGCCUGGAUACAUACCGGUGUGGCCGGGGGGCGGCCUUCGGGUGCGAGCAGCUGCAUUCUGGGAAACUCGUCUGGAGUUAUCGCCAUGGAAGGUCCACUUCGAAGAAAGACAUUACUCAAAGAAGGGAAGAAGCCCACGCUCUCCUCCUGGACACGGUAUUGGGUGACACUUGCGGGGUCAACACUUCUAUACUUUGGGGCCAAAUCUCUAAGAGGCAACGAAAGGAAAAAUUACAAGUCUACACCCAGUAAGAAAAUCUCCAUAUUGGGCUGGAUGGUGGUUUUGCCGGACGACCCAGAGCAGCCAAAUAUUUUCCAGCUCAACAACCCUGAUAAAGGAAAUGUUUACAAGUUCCAGUCGGGCUCCCGGUUCCACGCCAUUCUGUGGCACAAACACCUGGACGAUGCGUGUAAGAGCAGCAGGCCGCCGGUGAGUGAGACGGAGCAGCGGGCACCUACUAAUCUCAUGUCCUUUGAAUGAGACUGCCAGACUGUUUUCACGGUUUAAAGUGCCAAAUCCACGCGGCCACCGCACAACUGAGGACGCGGCCGUCAGACGUGACACAACAACACUAGCACUUUUAUACUUGAUCCGGAACGAACUCUGAAGGGAAACUUAAACCCACUCCGAACCAGGAGGGAGUGCUGCAUCCGCUAGGACGGAAGACUGGCCCCUGGGAGCCACGGAGAGACAUCACGGAACGGUCCACCUUACUUGUUUUUUUUUGUCCGCCUACCGGUUUUAUAACACUGAUUUUUAACCUGUCGAGCUGCUUCGUGUGCCAGGAAAAAUCUAUAUUAACCCAUGUUGGGUUGUAAAUGUUUUCUGAAGGGACUAAAGUAUUCAGUGUUACUUAUUAUGAUGUCAGAUAAGAACGUCGCAAGCACGUUUUAUAACCUGAUUUACUGAGCAUCGUGCCGUCUCAUACUUUUGUAAAGAAGUAAAACAAAACGACGACAAUUUUAUAGACAUCGUCCGAUCAGUUCCCUGAACAUGUAUUUUGGCACAAACAAAAACACCCCAAAAACAUUUGUUGAUGGUACAAACUUUUCUAUUUUUUUCAGAUUUGAAAUGGGAAAAAUCUUUUUGAAAAUUACGUUUCUGCAGCCUAACGAUUAUUUAACUUUAUUUUAAUUUACUAUAUUAGUAUAAACAAGAGUAGGGACGGAUUGUACCCACUGGACGUAACAGUGCUUAUUAUUACCGUAUGUGUUUAACUUAUGAUGAUACAGUUGGCUCUCUAACCGCCCAAUAAAUUCUUACCGCCAAUAUAGCGAAUAUCAUUUAAAAGAAGGGAGGUAAAGAGGUCAUUGUUCUUUGUUUAGAUGUCAGAUUACAGCUACAGUGAAUAAUAAAAUGUAGGCAUGUACGUGUUAUAUAAGGGAAAGUCCACCGACUGAUUAGUGUUUUUGGUUUUAGUAGAAUUUUAUUUUAGCGCUAUAAUUUGAGUCCCCGUUUAUGGUAAUUGUCCGGUGGCGAUAUCCGGCUUAUAUUUGGCGAGUCGUGUUACCAGUCUGCGGAAGCUGCUGUGUAUUUGUUUCAGCGUUAUCUCUGCUUCCAUAUAUCUGUAACCUGCCGCGUGGGAAAAUGUCGCAGAUACUGGAAUCCUUCGGAUCGGAUCACUGUACAGGAGAAAUGGCGAUAACACUGUACUUCUGGCUCCCAACUAAGGACCAGACGUCCCUACUUGUAUAGGAAAAAGCAAAAAAAUAUAAAUGGCCAUUAAUAUAGGUAUGUGAGUUAGGAAUGUAUGUAUUAAUGCAGAUUAUUCCCAGGAUCACCCGUAUCUGCACAUAGCAUAAGCCCACACCACUCCCAAUGGAACAAUUUAUCCCGCAUCCUAAUGGUCUCAUUUCCCACCACAACGAGCCCAAACCUUGCCGAAGUCAGACAAUGCAAAACCAGCCCUGGGCAGUAUUUAAAAUGAAUUCCCUUCAAAUCCAGCAGAGGCGAAACCGCUGGAACCACCAUGUCUUUCAAAAGCGCCGCCUAGAAAAUUUACCCCAAAGUCUCCCCCAUUUACUACGAGAUGAUGGCCAUCUUUACCACCAGCUUUGCUGACCUGCGCAGUCCACGAUAAUGGGCGAAACGCGAUACAAGAGGUGAGCAGAGUUUCGCAGUCAUUAGGAUGACAAUGCAGCACAGGAAACAUUAGGCGGCUAGCGCUCAGUCAAGAUCCUAAAUACUGUGUCUACGCGACCCCUGAUGAAAUCACUCGUGCACCCUGGAGUGCGGAUACACUUAUCACAGCUGUGUAUACACACAGCGCACACGUAGUCUCCGUGUUUGGCACAUGCACUAACAUCACAACCUGCAUGAAAACAUGCAACGUUGCCAGGGUUACGCAUUACUAUAUCUACAGUAAGAAGGUCUACAGUCAUUAGGUCAACACCAUAUGGUCGACACAGAAAAUUUUUAAACCUUAAAAGUGUGUGUUUGGGGGAGGGGGGUUCAUCUCAUUAAGCAUUGAUCACUGGUGUGCAGGAAUCCCAUGCACACAUGCAGCCCCCCCCCCCCCCCCUCCAAACACACACACCCCCCUACCCCUCUACAGGUCACCUGACUGCAGGAAUGCCACACACACACGUGCCACAAUAUCUGACUCCCACCCCAAGUGGUACCCCCCUUCACACCCCUCUCCCCAGCUCUGCUCCUCUCCAUGAUCACCGACUGAUAAAUGUAUGAUACCAGGAUUUCACUCUUAACAUGAAUUCGACAAAGCGUGACACUAGUUUACACUAGACCCUUCCCAAAUACUGUGCGCUCCCCAGCACCCCCCCCCCCCUGCCGUUACACCCCCAUGGUGCAGACCCACCAGCAGUACGGCUCCUCUAACAAUGGCAGAAUUAUGACAGUCUAUUCCCUACGUCGUGUGUUUGAGGUUUCAAAUGUCUUAUUAAUAAUCGGAACCACUUUGGCUCCCUCGUCAUGUUCUGUACAAAGGUUUCCUCUUCCUGCAAAUGGUAAAUCAACUCGUCUGGUUACAUAUCAGCUAAAAAUACAUUUCCAAAAAUAAUAAAUGUAUAAAAAAAAUAUACGGUUUCUGAUCUGGCGGUUUGUGCCAAAAUCCAUGACGCAGCUUAACCCAUUAGUGACCAGAAGCCAGCAGGGUGACCGCCGUCAUCAGAUUAGGCGACGGCAUCCUACGUGGCAGACAUUCGUGGCUUAUCUGUGUCACCGUUAUGGCAAAAUGUGGGCAGUUGGCGCAGCCUGACCACUGCGUGGUAUUGUUUCCUAGCACAGUGACGUGUCCUGACCCUGGUCACAUGCAACACGCUAACCCAUCAUCUGACCCCUGGUUCCUUUGCUGUACGUCCUGUUCUUGGUCAUGCUACACGUUACUGUAAUGCCGGGCUUGUCACAGCGCCACGAUGGCGGUCUCACCGCCUGCAGCCUUUAUGUGGUAUACACAGGGCGGCCGGGUACAGAGAAUAAACCGACCUCCAUUUCCUGUGAACAUUCCCUCACUUUCUGAGACUCAACUUGUUAAGUUACUAAUAAAAUUUUACUGGACAAA